CUGGAUCCCAAGGUGUAGCUGGUCAGAUAACACCAAUUACUCUGGACUGGAGGACAGCAAAGGGGUGGGUGGGGGGUUGCUGUGACAAUAAUUUCCAGUUCUGGUCUGAAAAGCUGGGUGUGGGUAUGGCCAUGAGAAAAAUGGGAAGCAUGGCCAAACCCGAUGUUUACAUUAUUAAGGAUGGGGACACAAUCACCGUAAAAACAGAAAGCACCUUCAAAACUUCACAGUUCAGCUUCAAGCUUGGCGAGAAAUUUGAGGAAAAUACAUUAGAUGGCAGGAAAACUCAGACCCUUGUCAGCUUAAAAGAUGAUGGGUCAUUGAUUCAGGAGCAGGAGUGGGAUGGCAAGAAGACCAUAAUAACACGGAAACUAGUGGAUGGACAAUUGGUGGUGGAAUGUGACAUGAAUGGUGUCAAGUGUACUAGAGUCUACCAGAAAGCAUGA